UCACUGCUCCGGAAGUGCUUCGAGGGAGCCUGCGGGACCGGCAAUGAGGGGCGCUAUGGCUUCGUCGCGGACCUCCACGGGGAUGAAGACGAAGAUUUCCGACGAAGGAGAUGCCCCCCCUGCCAAGAAGGCCCCCAUCUUCUAUGGGAGCCUGGAGGAGAAGGAGCGCGAGCGCAUCCUGAAGGGGGAAUCUGGGAUGAUGGGCAAGGACGCCGUCAAAGCAGCCAUCGAGGCUGGCAACAUCAACAUCUCCUCCGGUGAGGUUUUUGACCUGGAAGACCACAUCAGUGAACGACAGGCAGAAGUACUAGCCGAAUUUGAGCGCCGGAAACGAGCCAGGCAAAUCAACGUUUCCACGGAUGACUCUGAAGUCAAGGCCUGCUUACGAGCACUCGGAGAACCUAUCACGCUUUUUGGAGAGGGCCCUGCAGAAAGGAGGGAGAGGCUACGUAAUAUCCUCUCGGUAGUUGGCCCUGAUGCCUUGAAGAAGACCAAGAAAGAUGAUGAAAAAUCUAAGAAGUCAAAAGAAGAGUAUCAGCAGACUUGGUAUCACGAAGGGCCAAGUACCCUGAAGACAGCCAGACUCUGGAUUGCAAACUACUCCCUUCCUCGGGCAGUGAAGCGUUUAGACGAAGCCCGGUUAUACAAGGAGGUCCCCGAGGCCACACGGACUUCCCAGAAACAAGAGCUUCACAAAUCUUUGAGGUCUCUGAAUAACUUCUGCAGCCAAAUUGGGGAUGACCGUCCCAUCUCUUACUGCCAUUUCAGUUCCAACUCCAAGCUCCUGGCCACAGCCUGCUGGAGUGGCCUCUGCAAGUUGUGGUCGAUUUUCACUGGCAGGCUUUCUCGCCUCUCCUAAGGGCAUAAUACGAACGUCGGGGCCAUCGUUUUCCACCCCAAAGCAACCAUCUCUUUAGACAAGAAGGAUGUAAAUCUGGCGUCCUGCGCAGCCGAUGGCUCCGUCAAGCUCUGGAGUCUAGAAAGCGAUGAACCAGUGGCUGAUAUAGAAGGCCAUACUGUGAGAGUGGCCCGGGUGGCAUGGCAUCCUUCUGGCAGAUUUCUGGGCACGACGUGCUAUGACCACUCCUGGCGUUUGUGGGACCUUGAAGCCCAGGAAGAGAUUCUCCACCAGGAGGGGCACAGCAAAGGGGUCUACGACAUAGCCUUCCACGUUGAUGGCUCCCUAGCCGGCACCGGCGGCCUUGAUGCAUUUGGCCGCGUGUGGGACCUGCGCACGGGGCGCUGUAUCAUGUUCCUGGAAGGUCAUCUCAAAGAGAUCUAUGGGGUCAACUUUUCCCCCAAUGGGUACCACAUUGCUACUGGCAGUGGAGACAACACCUGCAAAGUUUGGGAUCUUCGCCAGAGGAGAUGCAUUUACACCAUCCCUGCCCAUCAGAAUCUGGUGACCGGAGUGAAGUUUGAACCAAAUCAUGGCAACUUCCUGUUGACCGGGGCCUACGACAACACCGCCAAGGUCUGGACCCACCCUGGCUGGUCCCCCCUGAAGACCUUGGCGGGACACGAGGGCAAAGUCAUGGGCUUGGAUAUCUCCUUGGAUGGGCAACUGAUUGCCACUUGCUCUUACGACCGGACCUUCAAGCUUUGGAUGGCGGAGUAAGUGGGGCUCUUCCCAGCCUCUGGAGCCAAGGAAGACUCCUGCUGCAGCAGCCCGGGUCGGUCAAGGAAAUCCGAUAGCGGCUGGCGCGCAGAGUCCAAAGACAGUCCCUCCACUAUGCUAGCUGUGUUCAAGGAACCUUUCAUUUGAGAAUCUCUUUAUUUUUUUAUAUUCCUCCUUCCUUCUCAGACGGACUCCAGAUCCUCGCAGUUGUUAAAAAAACACACACUUAGCCCAUCGGCCGGGUGAUAAAGGUUGCCUCCGUUGCUGGCACUGAUCCUGGGCCCACGCGCUCCUGGGGGAUCCAGGGGUCCCCUGCAAAUAGAUGGUCUUUGGACCGCUCCACUUGGGAAUGGGGUCAGAGCGUCCUUUCUCUGUUGGGCAGAGACUUUUUUUUUAAGUGUAUUAAAGCAAAAUGGCGGCUUGCAUUU